AUGAAGGACCUGCCUCUGUCGGUGCUGAGCCGAGGAUGUGCCCAGUUUGUGCAGAGUGAGGGGAAGCAGUGCGGGAGACUGGACGUGUGCUUCACUGCGGAGGACUUCUACAUCUGGAAGGCACAUGGCUCUUGGCUGCGUCUGUCCCCGAGCGGCGGCCUCCUCCCUGGACCCGAGACCAGCCUCCCCAAGACCUUCAGCACCCGGAGAGGCGCCCUGCUGCUCUACUCACAGGGUUUGGCAACAUUGAACAUUUAUGAUGGAAAAGAUGAAGGUCAGUGUCGCACUCAGCCGGUCAUUCAAGAGGAAACCGCUACGAUACAGUUUACACAGUCUGCUAAAAACUACGGGAGAGUAAAUGAAAGCAAUCCUGUCGUCUCCAGCACACUUCCAGCUCUUUACUGUGCACAUUCAGAGGAUGUAAAAUACUUUUUUCUUUGCCAACCAGAGCUCACUUCACGUCUGCAAAGUCACUGCGAAGAUGGACAGAAAAGGAGGAUAGAUUUGGUUCUGCCUCCAAUCACCGCAGACUCUGGAGAUGACGAGGACAAUCAAUUAAGGACCAGUCAAGAGCAAAUUGAACAAGUGGGAACGGCUAAAUUGGCUAAAAAUAAUGAUAAUUGUAAAAGAAAUGAGGAGAAGACAACAGUGACACAAUCCAGCACAAAACGGCCUGAAAAGGGAGGGUUUCUUCCUUCUUUGACCACAGCUAAACCUGGAAACUUUGAAACUCACAAAAUGCAAUCACACAGAAUAAUUAAUGAGAGAGAACACCUUCCUUUCAUUGAAGAAAGAGGAGAAGACACAAGACGGAUUUUGUCUCUCAAACAAUCAGAAGAAAAACUUUUAAAAAACACCAAUGGAGCUCAGCCAUUCCUCCCUCGACUGGUACAAGAGACAUGUGAGGAAAAGACCCAGAAAAGGGCGGACAAUCUGGGCGGCAAACAAGAGACAUGGAGAUUACUGAGGGGACAGACCUCUGUAAACAGCAUGGUUCUAAUCCCAGCAGAAGUUGCAGAGACGUGUGUUCCUGGGUUUCUCUCGGGGAGAAGAGGCCCGGGGCGUCAGAGCUCUUUGGCUUUUCUGCAGAAGCUCUCAGGAGACUGCAGAGACCCCCCCAGCAUGGAGGGGGUGCGGGGGGUCCUGCCUCUGGAGCUCAGAGAUCUAAAUGGGACGUCUGUGGGCAGUCUGAUCUUGGGCCCUGAUGGUGAAGUCAUCCAUCUCUCCAUGUUUGACACCAUCCAGCAAAGUGCUCAAGGACAAACUCUCGAGGUGAUUUCAGCAAAAGGAGAGAAGCUUCCGUGGUUUGUCACACUGCAACCUGAACACGCAGAGACGGAGAAAGAUAUGAAAAUUAUCAACACUGUUCAAGACCACCGCAUGAAUAAACCCUCAGAUUUACACAGAUCUGGUCAUGGGUUGGAAAAAAUGACCAAUUCUGAUCCUGGUGUGGUGGGAAACAGUGAUCUACAGGAAGCAAAUGAAGUCACGGUCAGACAAAACAAAAGCCCUACACAUGAGGAAGGUGAAGAUAUUGUGUUGUGCUUGUCUAAUCUGGAGGAGAGAGAAGAGCUAAAGUCAAGAGAAAAGCCUGGUCGACUCUCUCCACUGCUGCAGCUAGAAGUAUCUACAGAGGAACCAAACGAAACACCCUCCAGCACCGAAGAUAAAAUAUUAAAUAAUACUGAGGGAGAAAGUAAUGGGAAGACUAAAGCAAAGGGGACUCAUGGAGGGACUCGAUCCAACAAAGAAAACCCAAAAGAGACAAGAUCAAAUCAUAAUAACCAAACGCCUUUAGGAGAAGAAACAGAAAAUAGAACGACAGCUCAUCAUUUCCAGCCGGAUGACAGAAAACAUGAUAACACCAGCGCUACGAGAGGAGCAAAGAGCAACGAUGACAAGACCAGAGAUUUCAGUAAAGAAGAGAACAAUCAAGGUUAUUAUGAUGUGGAAGAUGUGUCCCGAGAGAGAGAGAAAGGCAGAGAAAGGUUCAAAAACAAAGUCAUUCCAUCAGACAUGAGUCCAACUUCAUCAACAGAGGAGAUAAACAAUCACCAUAAUGUGGAAGAAAAAGUCAAUAAACAAAGAAAUAACUCAAAACAGAAGUUUGGAGAGUCGGGUGAAGUGGAAGAUGGAGAGACUGUUUCCAGGAAAGACUCUGGACUGAGCUCAGAGAAGCACAGCAGGUCUGUGAGGUCCCUGAGGUCUCUGAGGUCCGGGGCCAGUCCUGGAUCCGUCCUGGACCACAGCAGCUCUCAAAAGUCUCUGUCCUCGUCCUGUGAUGGUGGGACAGCCCCGGGGAACACUGCAGGGGGCCUGUCCCGUCUGUCCACCUGCUCCACGGUCACGGUCCCAGAGGAGAGGCUGAUGCUGAACCCAACCAAGCCCGAGGAAGUCGCCGUGACUCAGCGGUCAGUGAGGGACCAGAACGACACUGUGCUUGAAAUGGAGAGAGUCCAGAUGGAACGACAGGAGGAGGCGAGGAAGAGGAAGAGGAGGGAGCAGGAGGAAGAGCAGAGACGACAGCAGCAGAAGAACGAACUGGAGCAAAGACUGAAGACUGAGCUGCACAACGACCGACAGAGGAGGAAGGAAGAGGCCAGGCUGAAAAAGCAGGUGGAGGAAGAGGAGACGCAGCGACGUGAGGAAGAGGAGCAGAGGAAGGAGAGGAUGCAGCAGGAGCGUCGAGAGCGAGAGGUCCGGAGGCAACAGGAGAGAAGGAGAACGAUGGAGCAAAUCCAGAGGAAGAGGGAGGAGGAGGAGCAGAGGAGGAGAGCGGACACAGAGCGUUUGAAACAGCUGGAGGAGGAGAGGCUUCAAGAAGAGAAUUUAAUGCUACAAAAAAUGACAGUCAGCGAAAGGGCAGAGUACCAGCUUAAAAAACAGCAGGAAAAUGAAAAACGGGAAAAGGAUGAGGCUGAGCAGCGGAGGAGAGAAGAGGAGGCUGCUUUAUCAGCUGCAGAGAAGGCCAAAGUGGAGGAAGAGCUGUUGGAAAGAGAGAUGGUCCUGUUGCACCAGAGAUUCUCAUUUAAAAGGGGCCUAAAGCCGAAGCUGAGGCGCUUUCAACACAUUCACGGGAGCUCUCUGUUCUUCCAUAGACGAUCUUUGAUCUUUGACCCGGAAACACUGUCGCCGCUGUUGACGCACCUGCGGACCUCACGGCGACACACGAUGGAUGUGAGCAUUGCUGUGUCGCUGAUCCGGGGGCAGAUGGGCACCGUGGUGGAGCGGGCGGUGAAUGGAGCAGUGGAGACGGUUCUGGCCGAGAUGCUCAAAGUUGUUGGAGUGAAGUUUGAGGAGUUGAAAUCCCAAGUAGCGCUGAUGAAAAGAGACAUGGAAACUUUGCAGCGGGAAAAGGCUCUGAAGGACAAAGAGAACGACAACAUGAGAGCCAAGCUGCGCUACACCGAACUCAAGCUGAAGUAUUACAGGCAGGGCGUGGAGGAGGAGCUGCAGCAGCACGUGUCUGCAGCCGCUCUGUCACACGUGUGCACGCCGCCAACAGUCCAGGUCACAGCACAGAGACCUCCUGGGGUUUCACAGUCAGCACCGUCUUGCUCUGGGCAGACCAAAACCGGAACCACAAGUACAUCUCCUCAGACCAGCGGGCGCCACGGUGGGAAAGUGCACUGCCAAACAGACGUGAGCGCCUCCUCGAACGCCACGGACAACAUCCAGACCCUGAUGUCCACAGAGUCUCUGGACAACAGCGCAGGUACAAGAGGACUUAACUUUAUCAAGAGCAAAUAA